UUGACUGUGCGCGCGCGUGUGUGCGUGCGUGCGUGCGAGUGUGAGCGAGGUGUGCGACGAGCGGCAGAGUCGGCGCCUUCAUGAAGGCAGUCCGUGCGGAGCGUGAGGAGAUCCUCUGACCUCCGCCAUGAGGAGAUCCGCGGGGGGGCUCCAGCUGCACGUCCUGCUGCUUCUCUCCCGCUUACAGGCGACGGGGGCUGCGGGGCCCCUGCGAGACAUAAAUCCUGCAAAUAUUGACUGGAGGAUAAGCAACACGUCCGAUUCCAUCGUCGUGACAUGGGGAAAUCCAAACACGCAGAUCAAGAACAGCUGUUAUGAGAGCGAUUUGCAGUACAAGCGUCAAACUGAUAAUGAAUGGAAGAAUGCUCAGCUGAAGGGCUUCUUUUUCUCACUGCCCAGUCCGGACUGGAGGAAGAAUUAUGCCUUCCGGCUAAGGAUGAAGUAUGCAUGCCUGGAGAAGCAGUGGAGCUCAUGGACACCAGAGAAGCUCUGGAAAAAUGCAACUUUCCCAGGCCCAGACACACCUUCAGACGUCGAUGCCAAUUUUUAUGUCCUAUUACUUCUCAUCCCAUUGACAAUGUUCAUGCUUUAUUGUAUGUUUUCUCAAAAACGGAUGCGAAGAUUGCUGGUUUCUCAGAUCCCAGACCCAAAGCACACCUUCGAUGAUCUCCUCAACAUGGAACAGUCCCAGUGGUGGCCCAGCCUGGAGAACCCGUGCGGCGACUGCGUGACAGUGGAGCUGGAGGUUGUCUGUAUGGAGAAAGAGGAGGAGGAGGAGGUGGACAAGGAGGACACCAUCUCCACUGAGCCUCAUCCAAGUGAGCAGAUCACUGAGACUCUGAGCAAUGGCCACGGUGACGCAGGGGGAAGCACCUGUCCCCCAACAGACUUCAAUCCCAUCCGGGAAGACAGUCCCUACGUGUACCUGUGAGCAAACAGAAAAGAACAGGAUGGCCUUCGUGAGCCACACUUGUAGCGCAGAGAGGGGUGAGCCGAGGUGAAUUCGGACCCGCAUCCCUUGCUCUUCACAAGAUGCCCUUUGCACGCCGUUAGUUCUCACAUAACUGUAAUAUCUGUAUAAACUUAGAAACACUUUCUGAAUGUCUAUUAAUUUAUAGUUGAACUGUCACAUGAAUUAUUUAUUUUUACACUCAUGCAAAUUAUGCAUGAAUGAUAUUUUUAGAGUUCUGAUAAUGAACUUUAUUUCAGGAUGUUCACACUAACUACACAUGGUAACCCAGAUCAGGAACUCCAGGUUAAAUACACACACACACACACUUUCUGAACCACUUAUCCCAUACGGGGUUGCGGGGAGCC